AUGCAUAUCGUAUCGACAUAUCUACCUCCAACAGCAGCGUCACAUGCCGUCAAAUGCAACCUAGGAGAUGACCUGCUGGUCGUGGCCAGGAUCAACCGUCUGGACCUGUACAUGCUCAGAUCCACUGGAAUUCAGCAUGUCAGCUCGUUGGAACUGCUUCCAAGGGUUGUCGCACUCCAUGAGAUUUCGCCAGAGGAUGGCGUAUCCGCUCUACUAGCGAUCACUGACCACCCAGAUUGCUCUGCUUUGGUGCUCGAGUACUCGCCCAAGCAACGUAAUCUUGUCGUGUCGUCCUCGCAGAAGCUUGUCCUCCCGUACGGUCGACCCCUGUCCGGUUGCGUCAACUGUGCUAUCUCACCAGAUGGUCGGCAUGCGGCGAUAGCACUCUUCCAAGGCACGAUGACCAUUCUCUCGUUUACUCGCGAAAAAGGCGUCGCUCGAAUUGCAAGAAAGGUGGACUCUGCUAUUCGCGAGCUCCUGCUCCUCUCGUUUGCCUUUCUCCCACUCCCCGCACAGGAUGGAAUCGCCAUCUCGUUGCUGCAUAAAUCGUAUACGGGAUCCAGACAUAUAUCGACACGAGGCGUUGAUCUGGAUACACUUGACAUUUCCGCUGAGGGUUCAUCCAUCGAGCUUCGAGAAGAGGACGAACCGACCAGAAUGAUAUGUGUUCCUCGCGCAGCAAGCAAACCCGGUGGACUUUUACUCUUUGGACCCGACUGUACAAUAUUUUACCAGGCGGACAAGCUCCACAAAAUGCAAUCGCCGGCCAAGAGUAGACGAACAUCGACACGACAGCCGGAUCUUUACGAAGAAUGGAAAUACUCUGACGUCUCUGGCUACGGCUUCAUUGACGAGUCCCGUCUAUUAUUAAGCGACAAAUAUGGCAAGCUUGUAUUGCUCGCCUUGGAUAACGACCCAAAGAAGAUACCGGCUGGUGCCAUCAAUAUUCACCUCUUGGGGGAGGCCUCUGCAGGUAGCUGUAUUGCAUAUCUCAACGCUGGUGUCAUCUUCAUUGGUUCCGAAACCGGAGAUUCUCAAUUAAUGAAGAUCACUUCCAGCGGCAAGUUGGAGGUCAUCGACACAUUUAGCAAUACCGCUCCAAUUGCCGAUGCAGUUCUUGCAGAUCUGGACAAUACUGGUGACCACGUUGUAGUGACUUGUUCAGGAAACGGAAGAACUGGGUCACUGCGUACAAUCCGAAGUGGUGCAAAUAUCGAGGAAUUGGCAUCUAUGGAGACUUCUAUACCGAUUAAGAACAUCUUUCCCCUCCAAGAGACCUCUGGGACAUCACAUCUCUACAUGCUCAUCUCUUAUGAUCAAGAAACAAAGUUGGUGGAUGCAAGGGAAGCUCCAAGACUGAGCGAACUCUCAGCUCACCAGUUCCCUGGUGUCGCUCGUGAAUUCCCGACUCUCGCUGCUGGGAAUGUUCGGCGAACCAUAUUUGAUACCACCACGCUCGCAGUUCAAGUCACGACGAGAGCUGCAAUUCUCUUUGAUGUGCAAUCUGGCGCGGAAUACUGUCGAUGGUCAGGGAGCAUUACGACCGCCAGUGUUUCUGGAGAUGCCGUCUGUCUUGGCCUGCGAGGAGGAAAAGUCAUCGCGCUCAAAGUCGACAUCGAAGCGGCCAAGCUUGUGACACAGGCCGAGCGCAAUUUUGACAAGGAAAUCUCGACGCUCUCAAUUGAGCCCAUCCAAUCAGGCGAGGUGACGUCAAACGUGGUCGUGAUUGGAUUUUGGGAAGAUUUCCUCGUAAAGAUUUGCCAGCUUCAUAACCUGGCACAAGUGGGCGAAGAUAUCGAGACACCUCAUACACCGCACUCCGUCCUCGCAUGGAACUUUGGCGAUAGGAAAGAAGGUCUUUACCUUCUCGUUGGUACUGGAAACGGUCAUAUUCUUUCAGUGAAGCUCAAGGAGACUAAGAACCGUGUAUUGGCGACGAGUAGACGCACUGUCGUUCUAGGGGAUAGACCAGUCCUGUUGCACCGAUGUAGCAUUGCCGGUGCAGAAGUCAUAAUGGCCACUGGCAGCAGAGCCAUGCUUCUUUCGUGGAGCAAUGGACGAAUUGCACAACAUCACGUCAAUAUCAAGAACAUCGAAAGCGUGGCGCCAUUUACCUCGUCUGCGUUUGGCGACGCCUUGAUAUUCAAGCUCACAAAAGGCUUGAGUAUUGCUCGCAUAGGAAAACUCGAAAAGCUCAAGAUUGACUCCGUGUCGUUGGGAUACGAUGUCCCAAACACUCUUGCAUAUCAUCCUGACAUCAAGGCGUUUGCCGUUGGCUGUUUGCGGACAGAGCCGUCACUCAAUGGCGCUUCGGACAACAUUGGCAGCUCGUUCAAACUGAUUGAUGCUCUCACCUUUGAGUUCCUCAACUCGCAUUCGUUCCCACCAAAUGAAGAGGUUACAAAGGUGAUCGUGGGGGAUUUGGUAAUGGGAGACAAGCAAGAGAGAUAUAUCAUUGUCGGUACUGCGAUCUGGGAGGACGAAGAGGGUAGUGAGCCGACAAAGGGUCGCAUAUUGCUGUUCCGUGCCAGCCUCAGCAAGGGUAUGCAAGUGGGCUCGGGAGCAGCAAAUGCGCCACCACCGGUCCUGACUCUCGUGUUGGAGCAAGACAUCCCAGGUAGCGCUGUCGGUCUUGCUGUGGUAGAUCAUCGACUCGCCAUCAUCGUCAAUACUAUCGUCGUCGUCUAUGAGCUUCGACGAACACCGACGGCUCAAGGCCUCGAGCUCAAAGCUGUCGACCAAUGGAUCCAUAAUUACGCCAUCUGGAGUAUUGUACCAGCAGGCGACUCGCGUGUAGUGAUUGGAGACGCGCUUCAGUCUGCGACGACAUUACGCUGGAAUGGGACCAAACUUGAAGUGGUUGCAAAGGACUGGACGACCGUCAACUCGCUCAACGUUACCGCAGAUGAGACAUAUGUGAUCCAAUCAGAUAUUGAUGGUAACCUCAUGUCGUACAAACCAGAGCCUCCUAUCCUCCAACAGACGGGACAUUACCAUUUUGGAGAGACGAUCAGUUGCUUGGUCCCUGGCUCUAUUCGGUCCAGGAGCAACCAAAAUGGCUCCAUAGUAGCAGCAAAGCACGUCUUGCUUACACCAGGGGGACGCAUCAGUCUGAUUCAAGAGAUUCUCGACGAAGAAAAGGAAAUGACACUCCUCGCUAUCGAGAGGAACAUGAGUGCAGCGCUGAAAGCGGAACGCGACCAUUACGACGUCGGGAGCUGGCGAGCGCCUCAUGUCAACACGCGGAGAGUGAUCACCUCGGAAGAGCCUCUACAGAGCUAUGGGUUCCUCGACGGCGACAUUCUAUCACAUGCACUCGAGUUGGACCCGGAUUCUGAAAUGGCCAAACGACUCCUCAGUGGCAGUAGAGAAGCAGAAAAAUUAGAUAUGACAUUUAGCGAAGUACGCGGCUUGUUGGAAGAGGUACUAGCUGUGUGA